AUGCGAACAUCACCUUUUGGCGAUUAUUUUCAAGCCACCUGUCAGCUGACCAUCAACGUGACCAAACUGUCCAAUGGGAACAACGACUUCUAUCCAAGGAUAUCUGUAUAUAACCAGCCAUCUGUCUCAAAUGUUCCAACAACUAUUCAAAUAAGAUCGCCAACCGCAAGACUGGGAUCUGGGUGUAGCGAUCUGAUCUCCGGGCUCACAGGUUACAUUGUCAAAGGGGGAGAAGCCAGCUGUACAUGCGAGAUCACAGACCCGGGUUAUCCCCCUGGUAAUGUGCAGUGGUUCACGGAACGGCUAACACCUGUUGGUGACGUCGACAAGGUGAAAGGAACAGCCACGUUAACAAUAGACUUUAGUAAAGAAGACACGGAGCCAAAAUAUCUUUGUAAAAUUUUCACAGUUCGCGAAAAUUUUACUGCACAGAAUUUGAUACUACAGAAAUAUGCUCCGCCGACAUUGUUGUCGUCGACGUCAGACCUGGAGAAGUUCACAGUAUCAGAGAACGGCAACGUCUACAUCAUCAUACACAUCUACAGCAACCCACGGCCGUUUACUUUUUCUUUAACCGUAGAAAAAAAAUCAGCGAAUUUCACCGUCGCUCAACAAAAAUACACGACCUUGGUGACCUUCAAGUCCAUAUGGCAAGGUCAAGUUAAUCUGGCCAUAUUGGACAUAGGCCCAGACGAUAUGGGCACAUAUACCAUGACAGUCGGUAAUGGCCAAUACCCAGAUAUGGUGUAUCGUUUCAUACUUGAAGAAGAGACAGACUACACACCUAUAGCGAUUGGUGUUGGCGUGUCUGUUGGUGUCCUCCUCAUCGUUGCUGUCGUUGUCGCUGUCGUCUGUUACUUGAAGAGGAGGUCAGUGGGUAGGGCACCUAGAGCGUCAACGCCAGCCAAACCAAACGGGAACUACAGCAGUACGACGCCGAAGCAAACGGAUGAGCAUCAGUACGAGACUUUAACCUCACCCAACACGACACAUAUCCAAAUUCAGUCGGCCGCUACGCCACCAAAACAGAAGCCGGAGGUGAAUCAAAAAGACCAAACACUGGUCAAAACAUUGCACACCAAGGCUAAAGACAAUGUACAAAAACCAACAACAUCUGUGGUAGAGGUAGCAGAGUACGCCAACAGUAAAAGUAUUGCGGCUGCAGAUGGGGUAGAGGAGAUUUACGAAAAUUAG